UGUUGAAGAACCAAUGAUCUGGGAGCAACACAACGAUUGGUCAUGGCUGUGCACGACGGAGGGGCUAGUGAAAUUAAGGGGACUGCAAGUGUCCAACACUUACUUUGAAAACCUUGAGCAAGAGAGCUGGAGGGUGGCUGGAGCGAGACACACAAUGUCCCAACCGAUUUGGAAGUAACACUCGCAACAGCCUGUAUAGCCUGCAAUCUUCUUAGUCCUGACUCAAAUAUCAUCUUGCAAUUUAAAGUCAUUUCGGGGCUUAAUCUGGAUAUUUGUGCUGUUGAGAAUAGUUUGAGCACUCGCAUCAUGGAGUACACCUCUUCCCCAAAGCCUCAGCUUUCUUCAAGGGCGAAUGCUUUCUCCAUAGCCGCACUCAUGUCAAGUGGGAAACCGAAAGACAAGGAGUCGGAGGAAAAUACCAUCAAGCCGCUAGAACAAUUCGUAGAGAAGUCAUCGUGCCAUCCAAACAUCGGCGACCUGCCUUCGCUGGAAACCCACGGCGACUUCAGCAGCAGCGGCGGCGGCGUUCCGUUAUGCACGGAGCCGCUCAUUCCUACGAGCCCCGGCGUGCCCAGCGAAGAGAUGGCCAAGAUCUCCUGCAGCCUCGAGACGAAAGAACUGUGGGACAAGUUCCACGAACUCGGCACGGAAAUGAUUAUCACAAAAUCUGGAAGACGAAUGUUUCCGACAAUUCGUGUGUCAUUUUCCGGAGUGGAUCCGGACGCCAAAUAUAUCGUACUAAUGGACAUCGUUCCGGUGGACAAUAAGAGAUAUCGAUAUGCCUACCAUAGAUCCUCAUGGCUUGUGGCGGGAAAGGCAGAUCCACCUUUACCUGCUAGGUUGUACGUGCAUCCAGAUUCGCCGUUUACAGGAGAACAGCUGUUGAAACAAAUGGUUUCUUUCGAAAAAGUGAAGCUUACAAACAACGAACUGGACCAGCACGGACACAUCAUCCUGAACUCCAUGCACAAGUACCAACCCCGAGUUCAUAUCAUCAAGAAGAAAGAUCACACAGCGUCUCUUCUUAAUCUAAAGUCUGAGGAGUUUCGUACAUUUGUCUUCACUGAGACAGUUUUCACUGCAGUCACUGCUUACCAAAACCAGCUGAUAACCAAACUGAAGAUUGACAGCAACCCUUUUGCCAAAGGCUUCAGAGACUCCUCCAGACUCACAGAUAUUGAGAGGGAAAGUGUUGAGAGCUUGAUCCACAAGCAUUCUUACGCCCGGUCGCCCAUUCGGACUUAUGCUGGGGAUGAGGAAACCUUGGGUGAAGAUGGGCUCUCGGCACACAGUAGAGGUUCAGCAUUCACCGCAUCAGACAACCUCUCCCUCAGCUCCUGGGUCACCACCACGUCUGGCUUCUCCGGCUUUCAGCACCCUCAGUCUCUGUCUGCCAUCGGAACCAGCACAGCGUCCCUGGCCAGUCCUCUUCCUCACACCAUCCAGGGCUCUCUAUCCCCUUACAGUCGACUGGGCAUGCCUCUCACCCCAUCCGCCCUGGCCGGCUCCAUGCAGGGCAGCGGGCCGACCUUCCCCUCCUUCCACAUGCCACGCUACCACCACUAUUUCCAGCAGGGGCCCUACGCCGCCAUCCAGGGACUGCGCCAUUCUUCCACAGUCAUGACCCCAUUCGUAUGAUUCCUGCCACUUCAGCCUGAUAAGAAUUCCCUAUCACCGGCAUGCAAAGACAUACGGCACCCAUACACAUACUAAACACACGCUUACACAAAUGGACCACAUGUAAAUAAUACUGACACGGCAUUGACUAACGACCCAGACGUGCUGCUUCUCACAGUUGUGCUGGAGAAAAGGUGAACGAAAUGCCCAAUGGACACGGAUUCUUGUAAAAGAGAACUUUAAGCAUGAGUUGUUAGCAUUGACGAGAGACUCAGACAUCCGUCUUCAUCUGCUAUUCAUGUGUAUUAAUGCAACCUUUAAAGCAUUGGUCUCAAACUCAAGUCCUGGAGGGCCACAGCUCUGCGCAGUUUAACUCCAACCCUAAUCAAACACACCUGAUGCAGCUAAUCGAGCUCUUCAGGAUUACUAGAAACUUUCAAGCAGGUGUGAUAAAAGGAUAGUACACCCAAAAAUGUCAUUAUUUAAUCACCCUCAUUUUUUCCAAACCUGUAUGACUUUCUUUUUCUGAUGAGCAUAAAAGGUUUUUAGGUACCAGAUUUCUUCAGAAUAUAUUCUUUUGUGUUUUUGUGUCAAUGGGAGCCAAGUUUCUACAGAAGAUCUUCUUUUGUGUUCCACAAAAGGAUAUAAAGUCAUACAGGUUUGGAAUGACAUGUAGAGCCAAAUGAGGGAGAACGUAACUCACAGAAUGUAACACUGGACUACUGCUAUUUCUCAUUCCCCAUAAUCUAUGAUACAGUAUCUGUGGAGCUGCCAACCACUCAGCCUUCGUGUUCAAAUUGUUGACACUAGAGUGCGCUGUGCUAUUUGAAAACCGCAGUACUGGAUGGAAACUGUAUACGUGUGGACCCAAAAAUGCUGGACAGGCUGGUUUAAUCUUUCUGGUCUGAUAAGUUUAUUUUCUUUAAAACCCGUUUGAGGCAUUUAAUUGUAUUUUAUAUUUAAAGAGACAGUUCUCCAGGAAAUGGAAAUUCUGUUGUAAUUUGCCCACCCUCAUAUUGAUCUAACAUAAAAAAGAUAUUUUGAAGAAUGUUGGUAACCAAACAGUUUUGGUUUCCUUUGAGUUCCAUUAUAUUUUUGUCUUAAACUGUUUGGUUACUUUUCUUAAAUAUAUCUUCUUUUGUGUUGGAAUGACAAUGAGGGUAACAAGUAAAUGAUGACAAAAUUCAUUAAAUCUUUAGUUAAAAAGACACAACAGUAUGAUGAGGGUGAACUGCAACCGAUAUGAACCAGCAGACAAUGUGAGGCCAUUUCUACAAGUAACAACCAAGAAAACCAGAGGAAGAUGGACAGGUUUUGUAAUUGGCUAAUAUUUCUUUCCAGUGCCAGAAUUUGAUCUUAAGCCACUCGAGGCUGCUUGUCAACAGCCAGCUUGCAGGAAGUCUACACCUGUAAAUAAUGGGCUAACUUUUAAAUAAUAGGCUUGUCUUCCCCAGGGGAACGAGGGAAAUUUAGUGAUUUGUGGCUGAAGUGUUCCUAUUUGUACAGUCACAUCGACAACAAUUCAUCAGCAUCCUGUAACCAAAUCACAGAGAAACAGCACUAGCUGUAAUGGGCAGAUGAAGAGGAACUGGAGUGUGUGUGUAUGUGUGUGUGUGUGUGUGUGUGUGUGUGUGUGUGUGUGUGUGUGUGUGUAUGUGUGUGUGUGUGUAAGUGUGAGGAAGUUGAUGCUGCAGGUUUUAUUUAUCCUUCAAAUUUGAACAGAACAGACAAGCAUAAAUACACAAACAGAGCCACACAAUACAGAUAUUCAGUAAAUUUUUUUGUGCAUUUCAGGGUGUUUUAUUUAGAUUGAAUAUGGUGUUGUCUAAAGUAAAGCUGAUAAACAAACAAACAAAAAAAAUGCACACCAUUUCAAGCCUUUGAUUUGUUAUGAACAGACUGUACAAACAGUUAUGGAGUUGCAGUAUAUUAGCAAAUGUUUUCUCUUUAUUCCUUUUGUUUGUUUGUUUGUAUGUGUGUAUUUCUAAGUCAGCUGUAUCCUACUUAUAAGGAGAUGUCUGACCAGUUUUGUUUUAAUGCCUUUUUUAAGUGCAAUAUAUUUAUUUCAGCUAUAAAAAGAUAUGGCUAAUGUAAUAUUUGAAGCAAUGAUAGAUGUUAUUUGUAAACAAAAAGAAAUAUAUAUCUCCCCAAAAUAA